AGGGAGCGGGUGAAGAGACGACUGGUGUGUGCAGCUUUCCCAUGAGGAAAUGAAAAGAAGCUCAGCAAGGAAAGAGAGAGAGAGCCAAAGUGGGGAGCACGCCAGAGAAGGAAACAGACUGGCAUCCUCUCACUCCAGUCAUAUCAGAGGCGAUCCCGCUUGGGAAGUGAGGGAGGAGAGAGAGUGAGAGUGUGGUCAGUAGUUACCGCCGAUGUGCGUCCACAAACACACACACACACUCUUGCGGCAGCAGACCGCUGUGUAUUCGACUGCACUUUUGUGCGGGCAGCUGGGAUUGUUCUUGGCCCCGUCUGACCCCCUUGUCACACCUCGUGAGUGUGUGUGUGUGUGUGUGGGAGCACGAGGGUCCUGGAACGUGGACUGAGCGGAGGGGAGGGUCACUGGUUCGGGUAUCCAGACGGGUCCGAGGCAUCUGAGGAAGAGGUGGAGGGAAACAUCUGCCCCCAAAACACCUGGGUGGACAUGCACAUCAGCUUUUCUGUUGGGGGUCUCGGACUGACAUAGCCUCGGCCAAUCACAGCCUGAGUUAGAGGUGGCGGCCCAUAGGGGGCGUGAUGGCGGCCAUGCCGUUCGUCAGCGAGGGAAAGUGUGUGAGCGUGGAGUGGGACUUCCUACAGGGGCUCCUCGCCAAACCACCCACCUUACCCUGCUUGCAGAACAUGAGGAAGGAGAAGUCGCGCAAUGCAGCUCGUUCUCGGCGUGGUAAGGAGAACUUUGAGUUCUUUGAGCUGGCAAAGAUGCUUCCGCUCCCCGGGGCAAUUACCAGCCAGCUGGACAAGGCCUCAAUCAUCCGCCUCACCAUCAGUUACCUGCACAUGAGACACUUUGCCAGCCAGGGAGACCCACCCUGGAGCCCUCUACUGGAGGGAGAGAACAACUGCAACAAGAUGCGAAUAACAAGUCAUUCGCUGGUUAAUGACAUAUUUGAACAGCACCUGGGAGCUCAUCUACUACAGUCUCUGGAUGGAUUUGUGUUUGUGGUCAGUCAGGAAGGCCGAUUUCUGUAUAUCUCAGAGACUGUGUCCAUCUACCUUGGCCUUUCACAGGUUGAGUUGACUGGCAGUAGCGUGUUCGAUUACAUCCACCCUGCGGAUCAUGUUGAGAUGGCGGAGCAUCUUGGCAUUAGGCCACACCUCCGGGCAGAGGCAGGAUGUCAAACGUCCCACGAAAGCGUUUCAAGCUCCGCCUCCACAUCCUCACUGGCCGGCACUCCAGAACCAGCACUAUCUAGUCCCCGUUCUUCAGUCAGUGAGUUCUCAGAACGUGGCUUCUUUAUCAGGAUGAAAUCCACCCUCACCAAGCGUGGCAUCCACAUUAAAUCCUCGGGCUAUAAAGUAAUUCAUGUGACAGGUCGGAUUCGGUGUCGGCCAGCUCUGGUGCCAGGUUCCUCCCGCGGCUUGCAUCGACCAAUGGGAUUGGUCGCUCUGGCUCACACACUUCCACCUUCCACACUCAAUGAGGUGCGCAUGGAAAGUCACAUGUUUGUCUUCAGAGUCAACAUGGACCUGCAGGUCACCUACUGUGAGAACAGGAUUUCAGAGUAUAUGGACCUAAGCCCAGCUGAGGUGGUUGGAUGUACCUGCUACCACUUCAUCCAUGCAGAAGACCUGGACACCAUCAGGCAGAGCCAUGAAGACUUGCUGCGGAAAGGGCAGGUUGUGACCGGGUACUAUCGAUGGCUGCAGAGGAGAGGAGGCUAUCUGUGGAUUCAGUCCUGUGCCACUGUGUCCAUUAACCACAAAGCGCCCCAUGAGCGUAACAUCAUCUGGGUCAACUAUGUGCUCAGUCGCCCAGAGCUGGCAGACAUGCCUCUGGACUUAUUACAACUCCCAGAGAGCCUAAGGGCAGAGCGGCUUCAAACAAGCUCCUCCCCACACAACACCUCUCCAAAGGCACAAGGCUCAACAGGGACACAGCCAUUGAAAGGCAGGACCGAGACAGACCUCAAGGGGAAGGAAACCUUCUCACACACUGCUGCCAGCCAAUCAAAGAACACCAGGAAGAGAUCACACCAGUCUGAUGCUGAAAGCGGUCCUCCUGAGGUGAGGAGGCAGAUGGAGGUGUUCCGGCAGAGAGAGGACAGCCCACGUACCUCCUCAGACCAAGCCAGUGACAGCGAUGUGGACGAGGAUGAUGAGAGGGAGAACAAGUGGAACCACAACCUCACCAGCAAACGGGUGAAGAGAGAAGAGAGGCCAUUGAAACAAGGCAAUGGGGCCAAUGGAGCAAUUAAAAUCCACAAUGGCCGUGCAGUGAUCCAGCAUCUUAAGAGUGUGGUGACCAGUUCAGGGUCGAAUAUUAAGACUGAACAAGAAGUGAUGGGAACAAGUGUAGGCCCGGGUUCUGGGAGGCACUGGAGCCAAGCUCAGCCCAGCAGUGGAAGAACCAAUGGCAGCAGUCCCCCUUCCCAUCCUCAAAAUUCCACCCCGACAGAAGCUUCAUCCAAGGGUCUGUUCAACCCCCCCUCCCCGACCCUGUCGCCAACCAUCCCUGCCUCAUCCCUGCCCAGAGAUGAUCGGUCUAUCCACGGAGGGCGCGCUCCGGACUUUGAACUACUGCAGAGACUGACUGCAAGUGGGACUGCAGGACAUGUUCUCUUUCAUCCCUUGGCUAUUGGCCCACAGGGGCCCCAGAGUCUCUAUGCUUCCAGCACUAUUCGUUAUGCCCCACCUGAAAUGCCAACAGCUCAUGCUGAAGGGCACUGCUCAGACCAUGUGGCCAAAACUGCUUUCUUUCCCCACUUGCAAAGGAUUGCAUCUCUGCCUUCCUUUAAUGGUUUUUCUCCAGCUGAACCCAUUUUUCCUCCACCUCUGCCCUUUUGUAUGAACGGACUGAGGGGGGCAACGGGUACAGAUGAGGAUUGAGGGACAAAGACAAAGUGAAUGAGAGGUGGAAGAGGUUGUAAAGGACAUUGCACAACAUAGAGAAGGAACUGCAGAAGAAUUUGAGUUUUUUCAAACAGUCUUCCUAGCAUCCUCUCCAGACUUUUCUCGGUUAAUUUGUUAGUGUGUCUUCCUCUCUCUGGACAAGCAGUCAAAGCCAUAAUGAACAUAUGAAAGACAUCAUGCAAUGUACACAAAGGGGCCAACAUUGAGGCCUAAACCACUGGAAAUACAGGUCCAUCAUGUGAAAGGAGAGCUAAUGACGUUGUUCUGGAUCCUUUGAUAAGGGUUGCAUACAAAUGUCCUCUUUGACUCCUAGGGAGAUGGGCCCACCCAUAUACAUAUUUUUUCCAAGUCCCCAUGGAUUUAAGAAACCACACAGGAAUAUGCAAGUAUGGACAAAAGCAGAAUGGCCAAAUAAGACAUUCCUAAAGAAACAAUACAUAAAGCACAGUCCAGAGGUCCCUGACUGACAGAGGGGUCUAACUGAAAAUAAAAAUUAGAACUUUUGAACGGUGUAGUAUUUUCAUUUUUGUAUUAAAAAAGAAUUGUCUUUAAACAUCUAAAAAAUAAUAAUUCAGGGUCAUAGCCAUAUAUAGAUAACGCUGAGUUGAGAGACUCCAUACAUGCAAAUGCUCCAGAAUAUUUUUUUUUUUCACAAGUCAUGAGCAAAUAUCAUGGACUAAUCUUCCUAAAAGACAUUUGGGGUGUUUUGGGGGAUGGUGGGGAGGGUGGUGGUAGUUAAGUGUGUAAAAUUUGUCAUGUAUCAUGUCCAAGCACUUAUAGUGUAUUGUUGCAUACACGUAGCACUACAUCCAUGGUCAGACAUUCUAAUUCUCCUCCUGGAAAAAACAAAAUAAUUAGUUUUACAGUAGUAGUGCAAGAAAU